AUGAUUCCACUUGAAGAUAGGUUCUGGUCCGAAGGUCAAACCUACCUUAGUGAUGAUGCUUAUUGUAAUGUCUGGGAUUGGGAUCAAUUGCGUCUGAUCAAACUCAAAGGCAAAAGAAAGGAUUUUCCACCGGGAGAAGAUAAAGAGGUCGCCAUGCUGGCACAAUUUGCUGAUUGUUUAUCUCCAGAAAUUCGAGCAGUUGACGUCGACAACGAUGGACUCAUUUGCGGGGUCUCCACAGAUCCGGAGGAGGACGAAGCUUUGUUCAUUGCUUAUCCACCAUUUUCGACUAUUGAAUCGCUAGCUGGAUGUCGUACAAUCAAGCGUUCCCAGCUUAAAGAGCUCGAUCGACUUGCACCAUUUGUUGAUCUUUCAUCAUACGAAGACGAGAGCCGGAACACUCGAAUGGUCGCCUUCAAAUUCAAUGUUUUGGAAAAACCACUAAGAGUACAAAUGGCCUGGAACGAAAUGAACCUUCUCAGAAGUCUGCCACCGCAUCCCAACCUAGUGCAGUUCGAUGGCGUCGUUCUCGAAGACGUGGAGUCCCGUGUGAUCGGCUUCACAACGAAGUAUAUUCCAGGUGGAAGUCUGAGCAAUCCAAAGAUACCCUUUCGAUUUGAGUGGUUACAACAACUUACUGAAGUCGUCGAUUUCCUGAACUUGAAUUUGGGAAUCAUGCAUCAAGAUAUUGCACCACGGAACUUACUUAUCGAUCCCGAUACACAAAAGCUCAUUUUGUUCGACUUUGAUAGGGCCUCAUGUGGAAGCUUUUGGUUGAUGGAUAAUCGUGACGACGUGAGCGGCGUGAUAUACACCUUACAUCAGCUCAUAACAAACGAUUCAUACUUUACUGGGAUCCCCCAUUGGGAACGAAAUAUGGACAUGGUUCAAAAUCUCCCAGAAUGGGUCUGCAAUCGUGAACUGGACGCUGAUGUUUCUGUAUUCCGCGAGUUUCUAAACGAAUGGGUAAAGAAACGACAAUCUGGCGGUAUCAUGGAACAAUAUCUCAAGGCACCUAACCGACCUGCAUGGCCGGAAAGACCACCUCCUAUAUCUGACUAUGAUGUCCCCUACGAAGUUGGCACAACGUUGGAUGGAGAGCCGGUUUUAGGAACGGGAAUUCGAUCGAGACGUAUUGCUAUGGAACUUGGACAAUAUUGCUUUCGAUGGGAGAGACCACCGCAGAGCAGAUUGUCAAAAAAGUCUUGCGAGGAGAACGCGAAUAGGAUUGACUAG